AUGGCCGUCAGCCAAGUCAUGGACACCAUCAAUUCAGUGUGCCGUUCCAAAGGCGGCCAUUAUGCAGGCUACAGCUGCAAGGUGGUCUCGUGGGAUGAUGUCAGUCGUGGGACGGUUGGUGGUUCCUUAUCUUGCUGGGGUGCCAACAUCACCGACACCUAUUUGAAGAGUAAGAACGGUGCUAAUUUGUUCACGGUCCGCAGCGACAAUUGGAAUGAAAAGCUGGGCGUCGUGAAGGCCGAGGACGUGGCCGUGGUGGCCGGCAGUGGGGCCGUGGCAAGACCGGUGACGCUCCGGACAGUGCUUCAGCAGUUGGGACAAUAUGGAGGAUAUGCCGGGCUGGAAGGCGGCACAAACCUCUAUGACUCGUCGUUGGAUGCCAAGUGUUCUAUCCGCUUCCAGACAACAUUCAUUCCGGUCCAAGAGCCUACAAUGUUCGGUCUGUUUGGCAGUGGUAAGUCGGAAUUUGCGACUGAAGCCUACAAUUACAACACCAUGGAUGACUCGGACCCACGGAAUCUUGUGCUUCUUUGCACUAGUCAAGGUAUGGCAGUUCAACAAGAUGGAAGAGGAGCCAAAAAGCUAUUUCAUCACGCUGUAGACGGAAGUGGCAAGAUCCAUCGCUAUUGGCUUGAGGCUGAAGAAAGCCUGCACAAAGUCGGUGGGGCGCAGCAGGAAACUGCGGAGGAGCGGGCAGAAGCACUAGCAAGGGGAAAGGCAACCUCCAGUGUGAUUGGCAUCAGAGCAAUGGGGCAGAGGUUCAACGUGCUUAUGACAAUUCAAGUCCCUUUGCAGCAGGCCAAAGUGAAAGCCAGGUCGGGCUGCCUAUCCCCAUGGAGUAUCUUCGCCCCGUCUGUUCCCUAUGCUGCUGGUGGGAGUUGGGGUGCGGCGAGUGUGGAAGUUGCGGAGUCUGACGAAUGGUCAGCAUCCUUGGAGGCCUUGGAAGCCAAGGUCCAAACUCUCAGAUCCUGCAGUCGCAAUAUGAAUGCUGCACGCCCCGUGGGACACAGCAGUGCAGCUCGGGUGUCCCGUGGAUCAGAGUACGACACCUGGCCAGGACUUUCGGUCAACUCACCCAAGCGAAAUCCCUCGGAGCAUGUGACAGUGACCGUGGUGCUUUACAAUACUGUCAAGGGAGGCGUUCCUAGCGAGACUGAUGUGUUGGCUGCAAUCGAUGACUUGGAAACCCUAUACCGCGCGUGUGCUGAGACUGGCAACCUGGCAGACAGCAUGUUUGACUUUAUGAAGGAACCUCUAAAGGUGGAUGACCUUCUUGACAUCUCGGCCAAAGUGAAGUACCAGCCACCUCCAGUUCAAGUGGUCGGCUACGAUCAGUUCCCGACAGCGUGA